AUGGCAGCACAUACACACAAAAUAUGUGAAUGUACGCGUAAUUUUCUAAAAACUGGAGGAAUUUGAACUACAAAUCCCAACAGGCAUUACUGGCACCUGACUUGCUUCUGCACAAAGGUCUUAAGUUUCUUGCCGGCGCAGUGAUCUGGAGGACGCCAUGAACUUGCGGCUCUAAAGAGUAACUAGCCCUCAGCGUGGAGAGCUGGGACAAAGGUUGGAGGCUUGAAAGUGUAGGCGAGUUACCGCAAAAAGCCAAGGUUGGCUGAUGAGAACAGAGAUAAGUUCAAAAAGAAAUGAUUGGAUGCACUCUUCAUCAGACAGAUUAAACCGCAGGUGCCAGGAUGGGCCGACUUGAUGGGAAGGUCGUUGUCCUCACAGCUGCUGGUCAGGGGAUCGGCCGGGCAGCCGCGUUGGCUUUUGCAAGAGAAGGUGCCAAAGUCAUAGCCACAGAUAUCAAUGAAUCCAAACUUCAGGAACUGGAAAAGUGCCCAGGUAUUCAGACUCGGGUCCUUGAUGUCACAAAGAAGAAGCAAAUUGACCAGUUUGCCAAUGACAUUGAGAGACUUGAUGUUCUCUUUAAUGUUGCUGGUUUCGUCCAUCAUGGAACCAUCCUGGACUGUGAGGAGACAGACUGGGACUUCUCGAUGAACCUCAAUGUCCGCAGCAUGUACCUGAUGAUCAAGGCUUUUCUUCCUAAGAUGCUGGCUCAGAAAUCUGGCAACAUUAUCAACAUGUCCUCUGUGGCUUCCAGCAUCAAAGGAGUUGUGAACAGGUGCGUGUACAGCACAACCAAGGCGGCCGUGAUCGGCCUCACCAAGUCCGUGGCUGCAGACUUCAUCCAGCAGGGCAUCCGGUGCAACUGUGUGUGUCCAGGAACAGUUGAUACCCCAUCUCUGCAAGAAAGAAUACAAGCCAGACCAAAUCCUGAAGAGGCACUGAGCGAUUUCCUAAAGAGACAGAAAACAGGAAGAUUUGCAACUGCAGAAGAAGUAGCGCUGCUCUGCGUGUACUUGGCCUCCGAUGAGUCUGCCUACGUCACAGGUAACCCUGUCAUCAUUGAUGGAGGCUGGAGUUUGUGAUUUCAGUCUCCUUGCCGGGAAGGCGGGCCCUUCCUGUCUACGGUGAACCUGCUUGCGAAGAAAACUCACCCAUCUUCUCUUUCCAAUUAACGGCAAAUUAAUGAAAACGAGACCUUUUGAUGAUGUCAUUGUUCACAAGAAUCUGAGUCUUUAAAUACAUAAAUCUCUUUCCAUUCUGUUCUGAAAUCAUUGUAGAUUGGUGAGAUAAUGAACUCACUGCAAAAAGAAUAUUUUAAGCCUCAAUUUGUAAGCAUGUAAAAAUUAAAAUGUGAAUAUGAAGGAAAAAAGUUUUUUUUUUUAAACGGUAUUCAUUUCUAUUUUAUUUUAUUUCCCAACAUUCAGAUAUUUUUGUACAGUUCUGCAUUGAUCUAUAUGUGGGUACUCAUUUUAAAAUUUUACACCAUUAUAAAUGAACACCAAAGGUAUAAAGGAGUUUGGCCUCAGUAACCAACACUUAAAGGGUUUUAGGUUCAAGACUACAUAUUGUUGAUCUGUUAUGUAAAAGAAAAAUAAUCACAGAUAUUUAUACUUAAUGGAUGCCAUCACUUUUCUUAGUACUUUUUUUAGUCUAACUAAAAAAUCUUUAUUAAAAAAAAGCAGUAUUUGACAUGGGCAUAAUAAACAUACGGUUAACUAAUUUACAGUAUUUCUCGUUUGGGGGAUAUUUUUUAGAUUAAAUAUAGAUUCCUCACCAAAUUCUGACAUAGCAGAUAAGAGAACAUGAAACUUAGAAAUAGUUUCUGGAUGUAUAAAUAGAAAUGAAUUAUAUAACAAUAAACAAAACUAAAGAAAAUAAACAUUUCAAUGUAAAUCCAUAGAAAAUAAUUCCAUAACAUGCUACUAGGGAGAAGUUUUUUCUUGUUCUUUUAGUAUUAGAGUUUUAUGUUUGUGCUUUAUUUGUUGUUGACUCAGAAGAUCAAACGAUAUGUAUGAUGCACCUACAGAUCUCAGUAAAUGAGCAGUGAUUCUUAAUCUUUUGUCUUAUAACUGUAAAUAUUAACAAGGAAAAUUUUGAAAUGGACAAUAACAGGUUACAUAAAGGUUAAAAUUGUAUAUAUGAAGCAGAACAUGCAGUUGAUGAGGGUGAGUUAAACCUGACAGCAAAGGAUAUUUUGACUAGCCUGCCUGAAGAAUCCAUUGAUUAUAAGAUUUGCUUUAGGGGUCUGGUCCAGGUAUUCCACCACUGGAGCACAUAUAGCUUGGCUUUUUACCUAGACCCCAGGUCAUCCGAUUUAUCUGCAAUUUUAGUUUUCUGCUUUGUAAAAUUACAGAAUUGAGCCAAAUGACUUGGGUUUCUUUUGAUGUGAUGUAAUCAGAAUGUUAUAACUUAUUAUCAAGUGAAGGAAUGGAAUACUGAAGCUUUUAAGUAUGUUAUGAACUAUCUAUUUAAUGCUCUGAGUCAGUAUACAUUAUAUGUAAGCUAUGAAAACAUGAAUUCUAAAUAAAUACAUGAUGAAUACUA